AUGCCUUAUUUAUAUUUUCCAAUCAUUGGAACUAGAUCUCUAAGUCCUAUAACUAUUCAUCUGGGUAUUGAUGUUCGUUAUUUCUUGGUGAGUUUCUUUGGAUUCAUUUUUUCGAUAAUAGUAUAUCUUAUAGGAAAGUUUCGUGAUAGUGACGGCUUUAGUGAUUCCAGCAGUUACGCCUUGCUUCAUACAUCGACAUGAUGCUGCGGCUAGGGCCAUGAAAAAUGUAAAUUUCUUUUGAAGAUUAGAAUGUUAUCAUUGGAGCGCAGGUUUUGUCAUUUCGCGGCUAUUUUUUCCAUUGGGAUUUUUUGCGAGAAUAUAAAUAUUUUGUUGAACUUAUACCAUUCUCAAUUUAUGAAAUUGAUCCUUCCAGAGCUUCGUAUUUGGAUCAAUUAAAAUUUCAAUCAUCGUCCUGAUAAUGGUUAUAUGCUCUUCUGUGGCCGGGAUACUCGUCAAUUUCUGUCGAAUAACGAAAGAGGAAAUGCGGCAUUCUUUAGAAAUGGUAAGUUUGAGAAGGUCGCACUGAGAAUGGCCCAACGCGCCCGACUCAAAACUACUUGCGCAUUUUGGUAUCCUUCAGCAUGUGAAAGUCGGGGGUAGCCAAUACCUUUGGCAUUCAAAAUAAAACCUCAUAUUCUCCGAAAAAGACACACUUUGAACCAAUUAAUGAAGGAAACUACUACAAAGACAUUUUUAGACCUUUCCCAACGCAGUGUACAUUCUCGACAUUGGCCUUUGCUCCAUCUACGACCCCAAUAUCAACAAUAGUGUCGUGAUAGCUGCUGGAUUUUUGUAUGGCUAUGUGAUAGUCUCUGUCGGUUUCUGUUCUGGUGUCACCCUACGGACUUUGAAGCUUCUGAACGAUUUGAAAGGGCUGAUGUCAAGAAGAACCCUUGGAAUGCAACGAAAUAUGCUGUAUAGCUUGAUUUUUCAGGUAUCUUUUUGCAGCUUGGUUACUCUACAAUUUAUUUUCUUUAUACUUCAAAAUUCGAUAAACUUUUUUUGAAAUUGCUUCAGCAAUUAUUUACAGCCAAAUUCUCUCUGAAUCAACCCAAAUAAAUUUUCUUUUAUUUUUGAAAAAUAAUUUUAUUAUUUUCCAGCUAGCUGCUCCUCUAGUAUUCCUGGGAGGUCCGAUGGCCGUUUUUGCACCUGUUCUUGCUCUACAACUUGAGUCUUGGCAUGGUAAACGUUUUUUUUCAAAGUUUUGUCUAGGACAGAGCAAAAUUAUCAGUACUCAGAAUUAUAUGAAAAUGUGUUGAAGUACACUAAUUCCAUUCUUAAAAUUUUUUGAAGCCGAAUUUGACCUUAGAAUUGAUUUAUAGAACCUUGACGUACGUCUGUGCGUAUGUAUCGUUGUGGGAAAACAUCCCUUCUUGGAAUUCUUGAGGCGCAAUAAUUCGAAAAGACAAAACAUGUAGAAUUCCUUUUGGGUUCGAUCCAGGAUGCUCUGAAAGGAUUUUCAGCAAACUAUCGAAACUUAUACUUUGUAUUGACUUAUUUUCUUCGUUUUCAAGUAAACGCUUUUUUUCAGCCUUCACUCCCCCAUUAUUUUUCGUCAUGUCGUUUCACACCAUCGCCUCGACGACUACGAUGAUCGCGACAACUCCAAAUUUCCGAGAAUGUUUCCUCAAAUCCUGGCCUCUUCAACUCUUGAAAAAACAAACUCAAGUCGAGCCAUUUGUCACUUUCAGUGUCUCCAAUGGUCGGGUUUUAUGAUAAAUGAUUAAAAAUCUUUUUUUUUUCGGAUGACAAUGUCUAGCCAAAGGAUUAUCAAGCUUGGAUGGACUGCCAAAAUUCAAAAAAAGAUCGCAAGGGCGGAAUGAGUCAGAUUAAAAGAAAAAUCAUUUUUCAUCUCUUCAUUUGAUUUUUUUUCUAAAAAUUAAAGUCAGGCAAAAAAAAGCCGUUAAUCAGACUUUUUCUCUAGGCAAAAAUUCUGUCUGUGCUCUUUUGAAAGCCUCAUCAAGAAAUAUCCAAUUUUAAUAAUUCACAUUGAACUUGCCUCAAUAGUUGCUCGAGAAAAAGCUUAAAAAAUAGUUCAAAGAUCGAAGAAACCGGAAAAAAGUUGCAUUUGAAGCUGAAAACAGUGUUGUUUCGCAAUGUUUACCGUCGCGUCAUCGCCGAAACCUUGUUUAUGUCGUCGUGGGAACACUGGAAAUUGCAGAGAAUCAGACAUCAAAAGGGAGAAAGAGAAUGGAAAAUGGAAGGAAAAUGUGUAUAACGACACACGAACGCCCCAGCUGAUCUACACCACGUUUUAAUCCCUGAUUAUUCUGCGUUUUUACUGUUAUAUUCUGUGCAGAAGUUCUCGCUGGUUGAUUUUUAAGGUGUAGAAAAAUUGCAUGAUUCUAAAAGACUCUCAAAACGGAUCUCCGCCAGAAGACAUUUUUCAAAAGCUUAUCUAUGCUCCUUUAAACAUCAUCAAUGACUUUUGAAUAAAGUUUGGUAGUUUUUUUCAUUUAUUUUUUUCAAACUCCGAAAUCAAAAUGUGUUAUUCUCCUCUUGGAAACCAAAAAUGGACGUUUCUGAGCUUUAGGGAUCACUUGAGUGUUCUGAGGCUACUGAAGGGGUCUCUAGAAGUUCAGGGUCCGGUUUGCUCUAUCAAUGUCCGGAAUGGAUUUGUUCAAUAGAGCGCAAAGCAUUUUCUCAGAGCCAUUAUUUCGAAACACUAUUCUCAGUAGUUCUAGGAUUGUAUUUACUGUAUCCUCAGAGACCAAGUGAAGAAAUGAGUACGGGAAAAAGGAAAAACUCAUGAACAUUUUUGUUUUUUGUUUUUUUGAAAAAAAUUCUGUUCAGUCAAGGGUGGUGAUCCCUUUGUGUCCCCAUUUUCGCAAGAUAUGAUCCUUAACCUCGACAAAAAAAAGCCUGCCGUUGCCAUGGUUCCCAUAAUAAUUCGUACUUCUCUCUUUUCGUGUAAUGUAGAGUUUCUUUCAUUCAUUGUUCCCGCUUUUCUUCUCCAAAAGCCAGUUCCUAAUUUCUGUGGCCAGAAAAGUGUAUUGAAAUACAGAAAAACUUAUAUUUUCUUUCACCUUGAAUGAUAAGAAGCCUCUUUUUUAUCUCUAGAAAUGAGAAUUUUUGCCAAGGAGUUCACUUUUGAGUAAACCUCGGCUUUUCUCUAUUGACAAUGCUGUUUGAUCAAGUGACUUCCAUCCGUUUUCGUGUACCUUUUCGGUUUGUUCUGAGCUUCCUUGAACUAUUUCUGCGGUUUUCGACAACUUUUUGAUUUUUGGCUAAAUAGCGGUCUUUGAGCAUCCCAUCUCUCUAGUAUUUUGUGUUUUCGGGUUUUUAUGUCCUGUCGUCCCUCCAACUUCUUUUUUACUAAAUUCUUCAGAAAAAAAAAUGGAGAAGCUUCCUCUUGACGCUCCACCACCAUAUGACGAACUUGACUACUCGAAAGAGGAAAUCGAAAAAGCCUUGAAAAAUGCCGAAGAACACCCGGAAAAAAUAACCGGAGUGCCGAUUUUCGAGGACAAGUGGUCGAAAAUCCUCCAGGAUGGCCACCUGGUCAUCUCCUGCUACUUUUUCCCAACCGCUAGAUCCAAGGUUUGAUAAUAUUGAUUAUUUUUAAUGUUCAUACCCCAAUUUCAGACGAUUAAAGCUUCGGAGAUCAGUGGAGUCUACUAUGAGAAACAAAAAUGGGAGCUCAAAUGUCGUGUGAAAGCUUGGGGAAUGGCCCUGAGUCCUUGCUGGUGGGCUUGCGACAUUUGCAGGUACUUAGGAUUUUGAAAACUGGAAAAAAAAAUUCUUGAGCAAUUGCACUAAUACACAGGCUUUCAUUGAAACUACACAUUUCGAAAGGAAAAAAGGUUCAAAAUUAGCUCUGAAGGGCUGAAAUUUUAAGAUCAAAGAUCAAGUUGAAUUUUGAAAUCGCGUAACUCAUUUUGGUGGGAUUUCUUUUCUGAAACGAAGCCUCGAAAAAAUGUUCACAGCUCUAUCGUAAAAAGUAGAGCCACAAAGUAACUAUGCUGUAGUCCGUUUUUCGCGACUUGAAAGAUGGGACUUCUCUGCGCCCUCCUCGCCUCUCGAAGACCCUCUCUUGUUGACGCGCUAUUUUCGCGUUUCUCUGACCUCGCUGGUGAGAGAACAGAGAGACACAGACACGCGAAAACUGUCAAGUCGCGGCGGACGGACUAUAGUUUUUCAUUUUUUCUUGAAAUGAAUAAUACUUGAAGCGAUUUCUCUAGAAAUCGUUGACCAUUAUUCACCCGAAAAAAUCAGCAUUUUCAGAAGCAUGCACGGAAAAGGGGACGGAAAAACCUACUACAACAUUGCGAUCAGCGUCGCCGACGACAAGCUCUACAAGGGAUUCACUUGCGUCGAAAUCGACAAAUUCUUGAAAAUCAUCAAAAUGCAUGUCCCUCCCACAACCGUCGUUGUCGAGGGGCUCCCAUUUUAA